CUCAGAGCGUGAUGGACGGGCAGCAGGUCGCCAUAAAACACACAUUUUCCUCCCGCAGAGUGAAGUGAGGUGACCGCAGGGUCUGGCCGGGCGGAGCGCUUCGUGGUGCCCUUGAGGAGACUUUUGACUGCCGCAGGAGGAAGAGGAGGAAAGAAUAGUAAAAAAAGGAGGAGAACAAAUGGCCAAGAGGAGGUGAUGGAGCUGUGGAGAUGUUCUGUAAAUGACUGAGGCUGACCGAGAGUGAAAAUCAACCCGGCAGGAUCCGCUGGUUUGCGGGAAAGCAGGUGUCUGUCAUCACUUAACUUUUAAAAUGGAGUCCACUCACCUCCUGAGCGGCUCAAAGAAACGAGUAAAGAUCCACCCUCACACCGUCACAGCCAAAUAUGCCACACACACCCCCUACUCCCCUCAGCCUGGAGUACACACGCACUUCCCCCAACCAGGGGAUGAGGGCUAUGAUGACGCACCGUCGUUUGAGGACUUUGGCUCCUUCCUGGAGGAGACGUCAGACAAGAAACAGCUGACGGAGAGCAGGAGGUGGCGUCUGACGCUGUUUGGCUCCAAAGACAAGGACACAACUAACAGACCUCAGGCUGCUGCCGGGGGAGGAGACGGCAGUGAGGGGGGAGCCAGAGCAGCAAAGGCGUCUGGGAAAGGGGUCGGGGAACAGCUGGCCAGUUUCGGAGAGGCGUCUGUGUCUGCGUCACGGCUCACCUGGGUGGGGCUGCUUGGUGCGGCGUUGGCUCACGGCUGUUUGAUUGUCCUGACCCGCCUGGCCUCUGAACGCUUCAGCCUGGGCCCCCUGUUUCUGCUCUUGGUUCGCUCCAUCGUGCAGCUCCUCUCUGUGGCCGUACCACUGCACAGGGGGGAGAACCCUUUCGGACCAGAGGGAUACCGUCUACGUCUGCUCUGUUAUGGCGUUGCCUACUCUCUCUCCCUUUGCUGCGCCUACUCCUCCUUAACCUUCGUCUCUCCUGGAAAUGCCACAGCAACCUGGCGCCUGGCCACCACGGCACUGUCAGCGACCCUGGCCUUCCUGCUCCUGGACGAGAGGCUCGGACUGGCUGAUGGGAUCACCUUAGCUGCUGGACUGUGCGGUUUGGGGCUUGUGUUGCUUCCCACAGCAGACGAGAGCAAUUCUGAUUCACCAACUGACCCGGUAGUGUUCUGGAGGGGCGCGUUUGGCUGGUCUCUGUCAGCUCUCGCAGGGCUGUGGAUGGCUCUGGCGCUGGUCGGGUAUCGCUCCCUGAAGGAGAGGGUGGGCGUGGGUACAGCUUUGUUCACAGUUAGCUGGACUGGCUGCCUGCUCGCCCCGGCCUCCUUGGCUCUGCUCCAAGAAGGCUGGUCCUGGCCGAUGAGCGCCCCAGCUUGGGGCCUUGUCCUGGGCUUGGUUGCGUGCUCGGUGGCCGCGUUUCUGGGGAUGACACACGCCCUCACCCGACUCCACCCGGCUCUGGUCUCCGCCUCUCAGAGCUUGGAGAUACCUGUCGCCAUGCUGCUGCACCUGGCCAUACUGCCACUGGCUCCAACUGCACCUGAGGUCGUCGGGAAUGUGAUGGUCAUUCUGAGCGUCGCGUGGCUGGUGGCGAUGAAGCUGCUACCGGCUCGUGGGGGAGCUCGGCGCCAAAGGGAGGAGUAUGAAGAGAUUCUGGACUCACCCAUCAAAUAGACCCGCCACUCCCUCCUUCACAUUUCCAGUGUACAAACAGACUGCUAAAUGUUUAUUGAAGCUUCAUCUAUUUUGUAUCGUCCUCUUUGCUUUUGAGAAAGUGCCAAUAUUGUGUUGUCUGUUAUGGUGAUUAUGUGACGUGACAUUAAAAUCUCUCUGACAAACA